AUCCCCUUCAAACCCGUGAACAAGACUUUUGGUUCGAAGCCCUUUUCACCUUUAGCAUCACCCUCUCUCAACCGGUGUCCAGUCCCUCUCAGCCUCCGACACAACAACACCCAACAUGCCCCAACCGACCCCGCCUCCCUCCCUUCCCGAGGGCAUCUGGGCGCCAACCCAAGUCUUCUUCCACGAUUAUGACGCCGACACCACCUCCCUCGACCUCGAGACCAUCGCCCUCCACGCCGUGCGCCUCGCGCGCGCGGGCGUAGCCGGCCUCGUGACGAACGGCUCCAACGGCGAGGCCGUCCACCUGACCGCGCCCGAGCGCGCCCAAGUCACGCGGACGACCCGCGCCGCCCUCGACGCCGCCGGCUUCGCCCACCUCCCCGUCAUGGCGGGCGCGUCCGACCAGUCGCUGCAGGGCACGCUCGCGCUGAUCGAGGACGCGCGCCAGGCCGGCGCGGCGGCCGUGCUGUUGCUGGUGCCGAGCUUCUUCCGCUGGGCGAUGGACGCGGCGGCGAUCGAGAACUACUUCGUGGCGGUGGCGGACCGGAGCAGCGUGCCGGUCGUGAUAUACAACUACCCGGGGGCGGUGGCGGGGCUGGACCUGGACUCGGAUAUGCUCGUCAGGCUGGCGCAGCAUCCGAAUAUUGUCGGGACGAAGUUCACGUGUGGGAACAUUGGGAAGCUGGCGAGGGUGGCGGCGGCCGUGAAUGGCGCUGCGGGGAGAGCGGAGUAUAGGUGUUUCUCGGGCGUGGCCGACGCCAUAACGCCCGCGCUUGCGGUCGGUGGGCAUGGCGGCAUUGUGGGUGCCGCGAAUGUGUUUCCACGCGCCUGUGUCGAGGUGUAUGACUUGUUCAUGGAGGGGAAGUGGGAGGAGGCGAGGAUCAAGCAGCAGCGGCUCGCGCUGGCCGACUGGGCAUUGACGAAGAGGGCAAUUCCGGGGUUCAAGGCGAUAUUAAGCAAGUUUCACGGGUACGGAGGGAUCCCUAGGCUGCCGGUGCAGUCAUUGUCAAAAGAGGCGGAAGAACUGCUGUUUUCGGAGGUUGAGGAGAUGAUGAAAGUGGAGCAACAGCUCAAGGAUUUUGGGAGGCCAACACAGUCAUGAUGUUAUCACUUGACUGCCGUGGAGCAAAGAAAUAAGGUAGUUCGGAGAAGGGAAUACCCAUCGCCAUGGCGGCCUAGCUCGUGUCGAUUCGGGGAGGGCGAUGAGACAUGAAAUGGAACAAACAAUCCCACGUCAAGCGUAAUGUUGAACGUCAAUACAACAUAACCGGUCGCCAGAGAAGCGCAAUAUACACAGGGCCACCAAGCUAGCGGCAAACGUUAAUGUGGGCAACUUGAAGUGUACAAUACA